GUGACAGAAACUCCCCCUGCGCUCGCCUCGCCUCUUUUAUUUCGAUUAUCCACAAAGUUUUUGCUCGACCGCGCGACGACGACGACGACCACUCAAUGACAAAUCGGCAAGCGUUUCCAAAGUUUUACCUCCUCCUCGAUGCGAUCAAUCUCGACGCAGUCGGCGGCAGUACGGUGGUAGCCGAGGCGGACAGAGUCGCGUCAGGCGGCGCCAUAGGGGGCCCAAGCGGCGGGUGCCGCGCUACCUCGAUGACGAUGGCCGAGAGCGCCGUGGAGGACGCCGCCGCAGCGCCGCCCGGCCCGGCGAAGCCACCCCCGCCCUCGUGCACCAACAACAACACCCUCGCCGCCACGGCCAACCGCAACCACCAUUACCAGCACCACUACAACCACCACAAUCACCACCACCACCACCACCACCGGAGCAUCUCGUCAUCGUCGUCGGCCCUGCAGCCCCGCAAGCGCAAGUGCCUCUCCCAGGUCCUCGACAUCCUGCAGCACCGAGGAGGCUCGCCCAGCAACGACGGGCCCAACGCCAAGUACCCCAAUAACAACGGGGCGAGGCCCAACUCGAGCAGCAGUGGCUCGAGGUACGACCUCGGGGCCACGAGUUUGCCCUCCGAGGGCGAGGAGGAGGACGUCUUCGAGUCGCCGAGAUCAUCGUCCAGGUCGGAAAUUCUCGAGAGUCCUGUCCAAAAGGCCAAGGAAAACGGGCCUCCCUCGGCGAGGAGAAAGUCCAAAUCGCCCAGCGAGUCGCGAGGAAAAAUCAGACGGCAAACAAAACACCACCACCACCACCACCACCACCACCAUGGUAGUAUAAGCCAUCAUCACGGACCACCACCGGCCCUGUACGCGGGCUGUGGUUGCGUCCACUGCUCGAGCUCGCCGAUGAUGCUCUCGUCGCCUACCUCGCCCCUCACGCCCCUAAGCUUCGCCCCCGCGUCGCCCUCCUCGUUCAGCUUCGAGCACUACCUGCACACCAAGUACCUGCCCAGUCUGGCUCACCACCACCGAGGCCGCAGCCACUCGGAGCCCGACGAGCCCACCUCGAAGCACCACCACCACCGCACCACCAGCGCCCAGCACCUCGCGGCGCGUAGCGGCUCCCUCGAGUCCAACAACUCGACGAGCAGCAGCGGCAGCCCCCAGCAGGACUCGCCGCUCGACUUGUCCAUGAAGGGCCUGCUUGCCUCCCUCAAGCCCCCGGCGCUCCAACUGCUGCCACCGGGCCUGAUGAGCCGCGGCUCGGUUAGCGUGCCUGUAGUCAGGGGCGACGUGGCCUCGCCCACGACCAAGGAGAGCGUCGCCUCGCGAUACAACCUCGAGGUGUCGCCGGUAGUCGAGGAGAUGCCACCCGGCACGGACGUGGCGUUCGUUUGUCCCGUGUGCGGUCAGAUGUUCAGCCUGCACGACCGGCUCGCCAAGCACAUGGCCUCGCGCCACCGGCGCCAAGGGCCCCAGGACUCCUCGGCCAAGGCUUACCUGUGCGACGUGUGCAAUCGCAGCUUCGCCAGGUCGGACAUGUUAACGAGGCACAUGCGCCUACACACGGGCGUCAAGCCGUACACGUGCCGGGUCUGUGGCCAAGUGUUCAGCCGGUCGGACCACUUGAGCACCCACCAGCGCACCCACACCGGGGAAAAGCCGUACAAGUGUCCCCAGUGCGUUUACGCCGCCUGCCGGAGGGACAUGAUCACCAGGCACAUGCGCACCCACUCUAGGUACCCCGACAACGCCAAGCACGAGCAAACGAAAGGGGGUGGGACUGGGAGCACCGGGAGCAGCAGCAGCAGCAACCUGUCCGCGGAGCUGAUGCCCGAGAGCCCAAAGUUCGGGGCCAACGGGCUGCAGUUGUCGCCGGCCAUCAAGACCGAAUGACGCUUACCCGCGGGCUGAUACCGACCACCGGCCGUGGCUCGUUGUGUUUUCUCGUUCGCGCGCGUAUCACUUGUACACCCGAACAAACGCCCGCCGAGCGCAGAGCGCUGAUCAGUAUUACCGUAUAUGCUGUCUCCAUCGGCGCGAUCGCCCUUUGUGUGGGUCCUUGCGAUCGCGGGGGAGGAAGGGCGUCCCGGGUGGUUUUGCCCCUCCGGUCGUUACUAUUUACCGGGAAAAACAAUGAUGAGACUUCAAUUACACGUACGUGUGUGUGUCUCUGUGCUCGUUUGCGUGUCUCUCUGUCGCGCUGUUUCAGGAUACUACUUACCGAUUAUCGUUAUUGGUGGACGUACUUUUGGCACCUUUAGUCGAUUCUUUUUGAAUUUUUUACCGUUUGUACGACGCUUAAGAUGUGCAUUGGAGGUGAAAAAUCGACUCGAAAGUGUUACUAAAUACGUAAUCGUUGAAUCAGAGGUUGUUUUCAGCCUUUUUCUUUUCAACGAGGGUUGGGCUCUUUGUGAAACAAACGAAAAAUUUGAGCAAACUGUAUACGCGUGAAGGCAUUCCCGUUCAAGUUUGUGUCGAUUGUUGUGUUUGAAAUUGAUUCGACAAAAUUGUAAUUCGAGCGAUCGUUGUAUUGAAAAAAAAGGAAAAAUUUUUUUGUUUAAAAUGAAAAGAAAAACAAACAUGUUUCCCCGCGUCGUUUGCCUUCCACGUAUAGCGAUGUCGUCCCUCCUGAUGAUUGCCCUGCGGGUGUCUCGCGAAAGUAUAUCCACGUAUACUUGUAUGAUGUGCCAAAUUUUCAAGGUCAGUGUUGAAGGAAGAAAAAAUUACUCUAACCAUUGGUCUGAUUUGUAAAUGCUGCUCUCUAUCAGAGAUUAAAAAUUUAUUUGUUUGCCCAAGUAUUUGGUCGAGCAAACAAAUGAUGCCAAUACUGAAAAAAAAAAAAAAAAUCGAACGGUAGCUUUGAUAAUAUCGUUGAUUCGUUAACUAUAUUUAUUAUUAAUGUAUAAGUGAUAUUUUUUUUUCUCAUUGUGAAAAACAAAAAAAAAAAACACAAAAAAAAAACAAACAAAAAUCUUUAUAUAAAAAAAAGUUGAUUUUUGUACGAAACUACAUUUAUUGCGAGAUGAAAAAGAAAAUAUAUACAUGUACCUGCGUAUAAAGAACAAAAUGUUUGUGUUGAUUGUAAAGUUAUUUUCGAUGCGGCGCAGUUGGAUGGAAAAACAAAAAAAAAAAAUUAUUGUUUUCGAUUGAUCGAGCGUUUGUUAAAAAUAAACGAGUGUUACUUUUUUUCGUAAUGGCAUGGUUGUAAAUUAGGCUAUCGUUGCUCUGUUAUUGACAUAUUAAAGAGCCGCGGAGGACGCGUGAAAUUUUUUGCCGUCAAAGGUUACCUAUUUAUUAAACGACGAAAUGAUUAGAAAUAAUUUGCAAAAAAAAAUUUCACAAAAAAAAAAAAA